AUGGGCGCGAGGCGCCUCUCCCGCCACGGGAACUGUAUGAUGUCUGCUUUUGAUGGUGACCCUCUCUCCUCUGAUGAUGCCACUGAGUACCGCAGUCUUGUUGGAGGCCUGCAGUAUCUUACUAUCACCAGACCAGAUGUCUCUUAUGCAGUCAAUCGUCGUGCGCCGUCUUAUGAGAUCUCGGCCUUCUCUGAUGCUGACUGGGCUGGUAGUCCUGAUGACCGGCGAUCCAUGGGGGCAAUCAAGAGCGAACUCCCUGGGACUGUACACCGACGGUGCAAAUGGCACAUUCUUAAGAAGGCAAAGGAGAACCUUGGCGCACUGUACACUAGGAAAUGUGAGUUCAGAGCAGAAUUUCACAAAGUGGUGAAUCACAUGAUAAGUGUGGAAGAAUUUGAGAAUGCGUGGGGUAUACUUGUUGAGAAAUAUAAUCUAAAGUCCCACAACUACAUGACGAACCUGUACGAGAUACGUCAAAAAUGGGCGAAGCCAUACCUCAAAGGUGCCUUCUGCGCAAAAAUGACGAGCACCGAGCAAAGCGAGAGUGCAAACAACCUGCUGAAAAUGUACAUGCCACCAUCAAGCCCAAUGCAUGUCUUCAUUAAGCAAUACAUGAGGCUCCAAUUUGACAGGGAAUCAGAUGAGAGCUAUGAAGAAAAAAGGACCAGAGGAGGAGCUGUCAUGAGGGCAAACAUUGCAAUCGAGAGGCAUGCAAGUAAGAUAUAUACGAGGAAGAU